AUGAACAGGGCAUCCUAUGUGAGCAAGUGCAGCUUCUACUUAUCAGUGUUGCCUUCAACCCACAGGGAGGUUGGGGAAGAUUUGCGAUAUAACUCAGAGCUUCCCCAGCAUCAGGCCACUCUCAACACCGAGGAGCUACAUUUUGGCAGUGAGAUUUCACAGGAAUUUCUUGAUUGUAAAAGUCAUCACCAGUGGGGUGACUGUGAAAAUGCUACGAGCCACAUCCUAAAAGUUGUUCAGUGUCAGGGUGAAUUUUGUGGAGAAGUGAUUUAUGAGUGUAAGAAAUGUAGGAAAGUGUUUAGACGAUUCCUUAACCUCACUGGACAUAAGAGAGUUCACCAUGGAGGAAAGAUGUAUGAGUGUAGUGAAUGUGGGAAGCCGUUUGGUGAAAGAAGUACAUUAGUUAAACACCCGAGAGUUCACACUGGAGAGAAGCCAUAUGAGUGUAGUGAAUGUGGGAAGUCCUUCAGUGCAAGAAGUACACUCAUUAAUCACCAGAGAGUUCACACUGGAGAGAAGCCAUAUGAGUGUACUGAAUGUGGGAAAUCCUUCAGUCAAAGAGGUACAUUAAUUAAACACCGGAGAGGUCACAGUGGAAAGAAGCCAUAUGAGUGUACUGAAUGUGGGAAAUCUUUUAGCCAAAAAUCUAACCUCAUUGAACAUCUGAAAGUCCACACUGGAGAGAAGCCAUAUGAGUGUACUGAAUGUGGGAAGCCUUUUAGCCAAAAAUCUAACCUCAUUGAACAUCUGAAAGUCCACACUGGAGAGAAGCCAUAUGACUGUAGUGAAUGUGGGAAGCCUUUUAGUCAAAAAUCUAACCUUAUUAAACACCAGAGAGUACACACUGGAGAGAAGCCAUAUGAGUGUACUGAAUGUGGGAAGUCCUUCAGUGAAAGAAGUACAUUCAUUAAACAUCUGAAAGUCCAUACUGGAGAGAAGCCAUAUGAGUGCACUGAAUGUGGGAAGCCUUUUAGCCAAAAAUCUAACCUCAUUAAACAUCUGAAAGUCCACACUGGAGAGAAGCCAUAUGACUAUAGUGAAUGUGGGAAGUCCUUCAGUGCAAGAAGUACACUCAUUAAUCACCAGAGAGUUCACACUGGAGAGAAGCCAUAUGAGUGUACUGAAUGUGGGAAGUCCUUCAGUCAAGAGGUACAUUAAUUAAACACCAGAGAGGUCACAGUGGAGAGAAGCCAUAUGAGUGUACUGAAUGUGGGAAAUCU